UGUGGGGUGUGCGGUGACUGUCUUUCUCCCAAAGCCCCACUGCUGAUUUUAGACUACACAAUUUCACGGGUAGCAACCAACAGAACCACGAUAACGACGACGCCUCGACACUCACCAACCGAACAGCACCAGAAACUCCGGCAAAAUGGGAAGAGUUAUCCGUAAUCAGAGAAAGGGAGCCGGCUCCAUCUUCACUGCCAACACACGGCUGAGGAAGAACCCGGCCAAGUUCAGAACCCUUGAUUACGCCGAGCGUCACGGAUACACUCGCGGUAUCGUCAAGGAGAUCAUCCACGACACCGGACGUGGAGCUCCCCUCGCCAAGGUUGUCUUCCGCGACCCUUACCGCUUCAAGCUACAGAAGGAGACCUUCAUUGCCAAUGAGGGCAUGUACACCGGUCAGUUCAUCUACGCCGGAAAGAAGGCCUCGUUGAACAUUGGAAACAUCCUUCCUCUCGGCUCCAUGCCUGAGGGAACCGUUGUCACCAACGUCGAGGAGAAGGCCGGAGACCGUGGUGCGCUCGGACGGACAUCGGGUAACUACGUCACCAUCAUUGGCCAUGACACCGACACCGGAAAGACCCGUGUCAAGCUCCCCUCUGGUUCCAAGAAGAUCGUUCCCUCCACUGCCCGUGGUAUGAUCGGAAUCGUUGCCGGUGGUGCCCGUACCGACAAGCCCAUGCUUAAGGCUUCGCGCGCCAUGCACAAGUACAAGGCCAAGGGUAACAGCUGGCCCAAGACUCGUGGUGUUGCCAUGAACCCCGUCGACCAUCCCCACGGAGGAGGUAACCACCAGCAUAUCGGAAAGGCUUCGACCAUUUCGCGUUACGCUGUGCCCGGUCAGAAGGCUGGUCUCAUUGCUGCUCGUCGGACUGGUUUGCUGCGUGGUACCCAAAAGACCAAGGAUUAGAUGGUUUUUUCUGGCUGUGCUUCGCUUUUUUUCUUUUCGGUGACGUUUUCGCAAUGAUAAUCAAAACAACUACCGCGAAAGGAGAUUUCCGUC